CCCAUGAUGGUGUGCAUGUCGCUCGUGUGGCGGCGCGGCUCCGUGUUUGCCGCGCUGCUCCGAAAGGACUGGGUGUGCAGUUUGGCGGGGCUCUCAGCCAGGUACUACAGCACCAAGACGGCUCCUCAGAUACCCGGCAUGGAGUACCAGGAUGCCGUCUGCACUCUGAACACACUACAGACCAAUGCCAGCGCUCUGGAGCAGGUACGGCGGGAGCGGAGCCACCCUCAGCAGCAGCUGGAGGCCAUGAUAGGCUUCCUGGAACGAUCCGGUCUCACUGUGGAGGCACUGGACCAUCUUAAUAUCAUUCAUGUGACGGGCACAAAGGGCAAGGGGUCAACAUGUGCGUUCACUGAGCAGAUUUUGAGAAGUUAUGGCUUCCGCACAGGAUUUUACAGUUCCCCACAUCUGGUUCAAGUCCGGGAGAGGAUCCGAAUCAACGGACAGCCCAUCGGUAAAGAGCUCUUCACUAAAUACUUCUGGCAAGUUUAUGGACGUCUCGCCGAAACUAAGGAUGCCCACGGAGGGACGAUGCCAGGAUACUUCCGUUUCCUCACCAUCUUGGCCUUCCAUGUGUUUCUCCAGGAGAAGGUGGAUUUGGCUGUAAUUGAGGUUGGGAUUGGAGGAGCAUAUGACAGCACCAACAUUAUAAGGAGUCCGUGGGUGUGUGGCAUCGCCUCUCUGGGUAUCGACCACAUCCACAUCCUUGGAGACACCAUAGAGAAGAUCGCCUGGCAGAAAGGAGGCAUCUUUAAGCCCGGGGUUCCUGCCUUCACAGUCAAACAGCCCGAAGAUGCGAUGGCGAUGCUCAGGAGCAGGGCCAAAGAGAUCAGAUGUCCUCUGCGGGUGUGUCCAGACUUGGAGGACUACCAGACGGAUGGACCUCUGCGUCUGGGCCUCGCAGGGCAGCACCAGCGCUCCAACGCCUCCCUGGCCCUCCAGCUGAGUCACACCUGGCUGCAGAAAAGAUGUCUACCAGAUAAAAGCUUCCCCGUCGUCGGUGCUGAGGACACCGGAGCCCUGCAGGCGACUCCCUUCAAGCCCAGCCCCAUCAUGGUGAAAGGGCUGGCGGACACAGAGUGGCCCGGGAGGAAUCAGACUCUGAAACACGGAUCGGUCACGUACUUCUUGGACGGAGCUCACACCAUGCGCAGUAUGCAUGCCUGCGUGGAAUGGUUCAAAGAGACCGCAGCCCAGCACGAAAGAAAUGCAAGUGGACCUGUGGCCAGAGUUCUUCUGUUCAAUACAACAGGAGAGAGAGACUCAGCAGCCAUGGCUAAAGUCCUGGUGCCGUGUCAUUUUGACUUUGCUGUGUUCUGCCCGAACAUCACUGAAGCCAUCGCUUCAUGUAAUGCUGACCAGCAGAACUUCAACGUCUCGGUGGAGAACAUGUUGACUCGUUGCCUGGACAACGAGAGGAGCUGGCACCUCCACAACAACCAGGGGGAGAACAAAGGUGCCCAGCUGCUGAUCGAGGACAGCCUGCCUCUGGUCACCGAGCAGAAAGCAGACACCCUGGUGUUCCCCUGCAUCCUCAGCGCCCUCCAGUGGAUCACCCAGGGCAGGGACGCCGUGCUGGCCGACCCGGCCAAGAGAGUGUUACCCGUUAAACCCAGCGUCCUCGCCAAAGCUGCUCCGCUCUGCAGCGCAGCAGAGAUCCACGUCCUCGUCACCGGGAGCCUCCACUUGGUGGGAGGAGUCCUCAAACAUCUGGACCCAGCUUCUUCCAAGUAAUGGGACCAUAUGGAAAGAAUUCAAUCAAUAAAGCUAAAAUAAUGGGAUGCUCUGCUUACAUGAACAUUCACCUUGUUGGGAGAGAAGUUAUGUCUGUCUGUACAGAUGGGGGUUUGGUGGCUCUGCCUUCUUUUGGACUGUAACUUUAGGUUUACCUAGAUGGGAUUAGCUGCACCCAGGUGUUGUAAUCAUGCUGUUGCUUCCAACAGCCCCAGCUUCACCCAGAGCCUUACAGACGACCCCACACACAUGUGGAGCGUACGUCCUUAGUCUUACUUGAAGCCAAAUAUGUUUACAAAGGGUACAUUCAAACUGGAACUCUGCGUGUGCUUCAGUGAUCACCAGUGAACCGGAGAGGUGUGGUGGCUCUAACAUUACAUUUAUACAAAAAAACAAACUGUUAGUGAAUGGCACCAAAAUGUGCCACAUGGAUCUUUGACUUUUCUGGUUUUUACGAUGUAUUUGGUACACUCAUGUCUUAUUUCACGUUUUUUUUUCUUUUAAUGUAAUUGAUUCUGUGUGGUUUCUAUUUGUUGGAAAUUGACUGUGUUUCAUACACAGUGUACAUAUUCUAACACUUGAAUUAGGUGAACUCAUCUAACUUUAUCAAAUUCUGUGUAAUUGGUUUUACACUGGGAUUAUAGAAAAUAUUAGUAAUAUAUAUUUACAUGAUCCUAAAUACAAUUGAAUGAUAAUUAAAUUAUCUGACUGGUGAAAGGUAUUGGAAGUUGUUUCGGACAGAUAUGUCAUUGGGUCUUCAUGUUGCCAUGGUGAUUUAGAGUUUUAAAUUCACUUUCAGUAUCAAGACACAAAUUGCCCCUAAUGGCACUUGUCACUUGUUGUAAACCGUGAAAAUGAAACCUUUAAUUGCUGACAUCUUUAAAUAUGACUAAAAUAAAAAAAUAUAUUGCUGCUAUCUGGA